GAGAGAGGGGCGGGUUCAAUCCCAGCGCCGGCCCCAGCAGUACGGACAUACAGCUCCAGUCACUUUCCCAGUCACCUUUGAAGAGAGAGCCUGUGAAAAAGCUCGAAACUGCACAUCAGCCCCGACUGCUUCCAGACAGACCGCAAGUGUGCAGCUCGUCUGCAGUAAAUAACCCAUUCAGGAUGUACCAGGGGCACAUGCAGGGGAAAGGCGCUAGGGCUGCAGAUAAGGGUGUUACCAUGGUGAUGAAGGAGAUACCGAGGGAGGAGUCUGGAGAAGGAAAACCCCUCCUCACUGUGACAUCACAGCUGGUAAAUGAACAACAGGAGAGUCGACCCCUUCUGAGCCCCUCGAUCGAUGAUUUCCUACUUGAAGCAAAAGCCGACAGAGUUUCACGUACACCAACAUCAAACACAGCAGUUUUGUCACCAGCUUUGGAUCUCUUGGACCUUACGGAGCCAGCUAUGACAAGCAGUAAUAAGACAAAGAAACCUGAUGUUGCAUCAAGAAAUGAAGCAGCUAAACCUGCUUCCUUUAGAAAAGAGCAAGAUGAUACUGAGCUAAUCAAAGUUGAAGUUGAACAAAAUAUUCAGAAUGUCAAAGCCUCACAUAGACCGUCCCUGGAUGCUGUCAGUAUGCCUCCACAUUUAGAGAAAUGGGAAGAAGUAAAUCUACAAAGUGCUAAAACCCCUGAGGAUCACUGGGUACCAGAAAGAAGACGUUCCAACAGGACUACUUCACAGGAGUUUUUAUGGUCUACAGAAAAUAGAAUCCCAUCUGAACUUGCGUCUGGUAAAAAUUCAUUGGAACUACGUUCAACUUCGACAGAUUUGGACCAAAUACAAACAGCACAGACUCAGAUGACCAAGGAACAACGCUGGGGAAGUGUGUUACUGACCCGGAACCACUCAACAGAGGAAGAAUUUGAAAGAGCAAAGGCAGCAGUUGAGUCUGACACAGAAUUCUGGGAUAAGAUGCAAGAUGAAUGGGAAGAAAUGGCACGUAGGAAUUGGAUUGCAGGAAGUGAACAGCCAGCGACAAAUACAAACAUCUCCCCACAUGAGAAGGGCUAUUAUUUUCACACCGACAAUCCCUUCAAAGACUGGCCCAAUGCAUUUGAGGAAGCUCUUAAAAAGCAGAAAGAAGGAGAUCUACCCAAUGCUGUAUUACUGUUAGAAUCAGCAAUUUUGCAAGACCCCUAUGAUGCAGAGGCAUGGCAGUACUUGGGUACCACACAAGCAGAUAAUGAAAAUGAACAAGCUGCCAUUGUUGCUCUCCAGAGAUGUCUAGAACUACAGCCUUGCAAUUUGAUUGCUCUGAUGGCAUUGGCAGUAAGCUUGACCAACAUAGGUCUGCAACAAGAAGCUAGUGAAGCUCUGAAAAACUGGAUUAGACAUAACCCCAAAUACAAAUAUCUAAUAAGAGGGAAAACUGGGUCUCCAGCCCUUGGGAGAAAAGAAUCUAAAGAAACAGAUGACAGUUCAUCCCUUGCAGAAGUGAAAGAUCUGUUUUUGAAAGCAGCCCAUCAGAAUUCUGAUGCAAUAGAUCCGGACCUGCAGACUGGAUUAGGUGUACUUUUUAACCUCAGUGGAGAAUACGACAAAGCUGUUGAGGCAUUCAAUGCUGCCCUAACAAUUCGACCACAGGAUUAUUUGUUGUGGAAUCGUCUUGGAGCUACAUUAGCAAAUGGAGACCGGAGUGAAGAAGCUGUUGAGGCUUAUCAAAGAGCUUUGGAAAUUCAACCUGGCUUUAUCCGCUCAAGAUACAAUCUGGGAAUCAGUUGCAUAAACCUGGGAGCCUACAGAGAAGCUGUCAGCAACUUCCUCACAGCAUUGAACUUACAAAGGAAGAGUCGAAGCACACAAUUCUGCCAUCAAUUCAUUUCAGGUAGCAUCUGGACAGCUGUCAGGAUAGCGCUUUCUCUGAUGGACCAACCUGAACUCUUUCAAGCAGCACAUGUGGGAGACCUUGAUACCUUAUUGAAAGCCUUUAAUAUGGACUGAUUUACAUUGAAUCGAACAUUUAAGGAUAUACAUGGUAGGGAUUUCCAUGUAAAUGUAAAGUUUGCUGUCUGUAUCAGGAUUUUUACAGUUAAGUUUAAUUCAGAAUUUUCAGGGGGAGUACUUGACCAUUCCUGAAUGUUAUCCAAUGGUUUUGCAGUCAUUUUCGUAAAACAGACAAAUUGGAUUUAAUCAAACUUCAAUCAAAAAUGUGUUAUUUGCAGUCAAUUAUUAUUUUAAGAUACAGUAUACUUUUUAGGUGAGAGAAUUUAAAAAGAUGUGACAAUUAUAACAAUGUUUCAUACAUUUGAUAAAGUGAGAUAAUGUUAUUUUUUUCCUCAAGUAGAAUGUAUAAGCAGUGCACAAGUCAGUAUGACUGUUUAGACUUAUCAUUGUAACUGUUUUCCCCCAAUUGGGAGUUGGGAAAUAAUGCACUUUAGUUAAAACAUUGAAUAUGAUCAGAACAUCUCCUCUCAAUAAAGGCUACAAUUUGAGGUAAAACUCAAUAUAGAAUGAAUGAAAGAAUCUAAAGAUCAAGUGAAAAUUUCAAAACUAAUUUACGUACAUGGUAUAAAUUUGAACAUUGAAGUCUAAGUCUUACCUGCACCCAAUUUACAGAACAGCAGCUCAGAUUUGUUACUGAAACAAACCAAAUAUUUACACAAUAAAUCUACCUAAGCUUUGUUGCAGAAAGUGGAAGUAAGCUGGACGGAAACACGUCAGUAAUUUGCAUGUCAUCCUUGCAGCACUAUUUAGAUCUUAUUUGUAUCAUUUCAGUUUUAGAAUAAGUUCAUGGAAAGAAAAUUUGAACAUCAAUUACAUUUUUAUUUGAUAGCAGUAAUUAAGACUGUCUUAUAUUACUGCACAAUUUUGACUUUUAUUAAAUAUCCCCUCUCACCAAACUUGUAUCUGAUUGCAUUUUUCGUCUUUGAUGUUGACAAGCCCACCUAUAUUCUAUGAAAAUUCUGAAAUGAUGAGACACAACUCCUGCUAGGGUGAAGAAAAAAAGGAUGGAAAGUGUUAGAUGCAUAGUAAAGUUAAUUAUGUUCCUUAAAGCAUACUGUUAUUUACAAAAAAGUAUAUUCAUUAAACUGUAAGGAAUAUAUUGUGCAUCAAAACAGUUCUGUUCAAUUCCACCAGGUCAUGCCCUUAUUAUAGAAUAUUUUUACUUCUGUCCAAAAGAUUGAAAACUAAUGAAUCUGUUUGAAUCUAUUUUCUCCUGUUUGGGUUAUUCCUGUUUGGCCACCCAAAAGGAUACUGUAUGUUAAAAGACAACUUUUUAAAGAUUAAGAUAGUCAAAUAAAUUUUCUAUUGAAUCCAGCCUAGAAUAGAACUAAAUAUGAAAACAAUUAAAUGUUCUAUUUCAUUUUAAUAAUUUUGUGAUUUUCAAUAGUGCACCUAUAAACUUACUUAUUUUUCAAUUUAUUUAUCAUCUUCAUAAUUUUGUGGUACUUUCAACGCAGCCACUGCAAAUUUUACAUAUUUUUGUACUGGGCUUAAAAUGGCACAGUAUUUAAACUAAGUAGAAACUGAAACCAAAAGUGUAUACCAGAAAUGCAGAACUGUCUGAUUUAAGCAGAAUGAGCUGCCAAAUCUGCAAUCAAGGAUUCAAAACUGAAUAUACCCUGAAGAUUUGGGUUUUAUUAUUCUAAAAAAAGCAUGCAAAAGGGAUCAGUCUAAUAUCAAUACAUUAUGAAGCAAGUUGUAUUCCAAAAACAAUUUCUUUGCCAGUAACAAGUUUUCUUUAGCAAUAUUGUGCCGUAGUAGAAUUAAAAUGCUGCAAUGCACUGAAUGAAUUUGGUCAUUAGGAGUAUGUAUUUAGUCCGCGCCAUUCAGAAAAUGUAUUUCCUAUAAAUAUAGGGACAGAAAAACACUGUUGUGGUUUUGGAUUACCUAACUAGCAUGCAAAAACCUCACCAUAUGAAAGACAAUUCUUCUUUCCUUCAUGUUCCAUAACUUUUAUUUUACAGAAGUUGCUUUUCCUUAAUAUGAUGUGGUUUACACCAUACUUGAUGUAAUCUGUUAAUGCAUGAGGUGAGGGGUAAGUAGCAAAUCAAUUAUUGAAUCGCAUGAAAUGCAUCUUGCAAGUGUACUAAAAAUCAGUGGGAAUUUCAGAUCUUUCAAAAUUACAAGCAGAGAUGUUUUAAUAGAUAUAAUAGUAUUCAUAUAUGCAUUUUCAUUGCUACUAAUUGAAAACUUGGCUUAGCUGAGAAAUCAAUGGUUUCUGGUGGAGAACUGUGUUACUUCCAAAUGUUUUCAACAUGACAAUGAACUUCAAGAAAUGCUGCAACGUUCACACACCAUUUUAACAAUAUAGAACAUACUUAAAAUACUGAAACUUGUUCUAGAGAGUAUUUCUACAAACUCAUAGAAUAGUCAAUGGGACUGAAUGUAACAUGAAUGUCAGUACAUUGUGAACACUUAUACACUUUGUCAUCUGCUGCUUUUAACACAUGAAACAACAUUAAUGCUAUGAAUAUCCAGUCUUCAAGCACUAUUAUUAUUGCUUUAGCUGCACAUUGAAAAUCGACUUUCAUUUUGAGUCAUCUAGCAAACACAGAUUAAAACUUUUUAAAAUUUUUGAGAAUUGCAACCAAAUGUAAUAAUUUAAUCUUAUAGAUAUUUUUAUUGGUAGGUCAACAUUAUUUCUGAUAAUUAUAAAUAAUGGCUCCAUUUGAAAAUAUACAUCUGCAUGAAUUUGUCAGAAGCAUCAAUGAUGACAUUAAAUGCAUGAAUUAUAAAGUAACAAUGCUCUAGGGUAUAGCUUGCUACCAGAGGGACAAAUAUUUCCUCACACAUGGUGUAGCAAAAGGAUUAACCUAUAUUUAGCAAAGUUUUUAAGACUUUGUUACACCUAAAGCACAAAGGAUAUCUUACCCCAUUUUUCAUUGUAAGUAAAUUCUGGUUUGCAUUAAUAAUACACACAUCUGUUUGUCUAUUUAUAAAUAUGUUUUGAUAACAUACAGAAACAAUUUAUGUAAACAUUUUUAGUUCUUAAAGCCAGGACCAUAACCACACACUAUUUUUCUCAAUGCCCUUAUAUUGUUUAAUAUGAAUUUAGUAGCAUGAUUAUGCUAGCAACAAUUGGUAACUUUUUUUCCGAAACAAUUCGUUUCCAUUUGGGAACUAUUUGUAAGAAAUGAACUGUCUAGUUCUGAGGGACUUUGACCCCAUUGUACAUUGAGUGAUGAAAUCACUAGAGUGUGAAACAACUUGCAGGUAAUACAAAUGAACAAAUACUUCUUGAGGCUUCAAACUGGCAUUUGCACAAAAUGAAGACUGCCAGUGUAGCAUGUGAGGAUUUCUGCUAUGUACAGAACAUGAUAAGUUAUCUAAAAUAAAGUCAAAUAUGCACAAGUUAUUUGCUGUUCAAAUUUUCUCAAUUAAAAUACUGCCUUUGAAAAAGGUAACUGCUUA